AUGGAUGACCGUUCGCAUCUGUAUAUCGGCACUGCCUUUGUCGCUGGUGUUCUUCUCACGCUGGGAUUCAAGGAUCUUGUCUACCCGGAAAUAGAGCGCCGCGUCAAAGACUACUACCAAGCAAGCUCGCAAGCGAAGAAAGCCGCAACAACCUCCGAAGAUGCCUUGAGCGCGAGACCAGGCCCUCCCGCCAUUGUCGAAGGCAUUGAGGGCUGCAUUGGAAAUACACCUUUGUUUCGAAUCAAAUCAUUGUCCGAUGCGACAGGGUGCGAGAUUUUGGGCAAGGCCGAAUUCCUCAAUGGAGCUGGACAAAGCUCUAAGGAUCGCGUCGCGCUGAGCAUGAUUCAAAUAGCCGAAGAACACGGAAUUUUAAGACCUCAUUCAGGCGACACAAUCUACGAGGGUACUUCCGGCUCCACGGGAAUCUCCUUGGCUACCUUAGCCCGUGCGAAAGGCUAUCUCGCGCACAUGUUCGUUUCCCAUAGCCCUACCCACUUUGCUACAACCCCGCUACAAGCUCUCAUACUAACGAUAUGCUCUAGCUGUAUGCCAUCCGACCAAGCGAUCGAAAAGUCCAAUCUCCUCCUUAAACUAGGCGCCAUCGUCGACCGCGUACCACCCGCACCCAUUGUGGAAAAGGAUAACUUCGUCAACCGGGCGCGAGCUCUUGCGCAAGCGCAAACCGCAUCGAACACGGACGGAAGGGGUUUCUUCGCUGACCAGUUCGAGAACGAGUCCAAUUGGCGGGCACACUUCAAUGGCACGGGGCCUGAAAUCUAUGCGCAAUGCGAGGGAAAACUGGAUGCUUUCGUCGCGGGCGCUGGGACUGGGGGUACUAUCUCUGGCGUGGCGCUCUUCCUGAAGCCAAAGAUACCGAACUUGCAUGUAGUGCUGGCCGAUCCUCAGGGAAGUGGACUGUACAAUCGAGUUCGCUUUGGCGUCAUGUUCGAUUACAAGGAGAGGGAGGGCACUAGACGACGCAGACAAGUCGAUACUAUUGUUGAAGGAAUUGGGAUCAACCGUGUGACGGCGAACUUUGAGGCUGGGAAGGAGCUGGUUAAUGACGCAGUCAGAGUGACGGACGCUCAAGCUUUGGCUAUGGCUAGGUGGCUUGUAGAAAAGGACGGCAUAUUCAUCGGCAGUAGCAGUGCCGUGAACUGCUUCGCGGCCGUGAAGACGGCAAUGAAGCUGGGACCCGGUCACAGGAUUGUGACAGUGCUGUCUGAUUCGGGUUCGAGACAUCUUUCUAGGUUCUGGGCCAAAGCCGGAGAUGUUGGUGGCGCCGUGGAUACAAAGCUGGAAGAUGUUUUGAACGCAAAGGAAGAGGAUCAAUAG